GGCGCCUCGAGCGUGCGCACUCGCCUUUCCGGCCGGCCGCGCGCGGCCGUGCGUCAAGAUGGCUGCCUCCUUGCGACACACGCUGCUUAGGCUGUAUCCUACGCUCUUACGAGGUUACUGUGGAGUUCAGGUUCCCCUCCAGACUCUUUGCACCAAAGGUCCUCCUGAAGAAGAUUCUCCAUCCUCACUUCCUAUUUCCCCUUAUGAGAACGAACCUUGGAAAUACCUGGAGUCAGAAGAAUACCAGAACCGCUAUGGUUCUCGCCCUGUUUGGGCUGAUUACCGCCGCAACCACAAAGGUGGGGUGCCACCACAACGGACCCGAAAGACGUGUAUUCGUAAAGAUAAAAUUGCUGGGAAUCCUUGCCCCAUCUGCCGGGACCACAAAUUGCAUGUUGACUUUAGGAAUGUGAAACUCCUGGAACAGUUUGUUUGUGCCCACUCAGGCAUCAUCUUCCACGCUCCAUACACAGGGGUCUGUAUGAAGCAGCACAAGAGGCUGACCGAGGCCAUCCAGAAAGCCAGGGAGUGUGGUCUGCUCAGGUGCUACGUUCCCCAAGUAGAGCCCCGAGAUGCCGACUUCUGCACCGCACAUGGCGCUGUCAGUGUCACCCCGCCAGCCCCCACGCUGCUGUCAGGGGAGCCAUGGUACCCCUGGUACAGGUGGCAGCAGCCCCCAGAGAGAGAGCUGUCUCGCCUUCGCCGCCUUUAUCAGGGAAAUCUCCGAGAAGAAAGUGGACCUCCGCCUGAGUCAAUGCCUGAGGUGCCUGCUACACCAGCAGCAGAAGACUCCGAGGAGCAGACCGGCUCCCUUAGUGCUUAGAACUUGUGACCUGGGGAAGAGGUCAAGAGGUUAGGGGAGCAGUGACUAUGGUUACGGGCAGCACCGUGUCUGUUUGGUGACAGGGCAGACCCUAAGAGGAAGUGACUGCCGUUGAAGAGGCUGAGAGCAGUCCAGGUGUAUAUGAGACACUGAGCAGGCUCGCUUGACUCCUGUGUCCCCUGAUGCUAUGUCCCUUCUAAAAACCUGUGGCCCAGCUUCUCCACAAUAAAGCUCUGUCACCCCUC